AUGGCAGCACGUCAAGUGACUGGUCAGCUCCCUCAGGGAGCCGGGUAUGCCAUAAUUCUUGGCUUCGGUGCCCUCUUCGUUUCUAUCGUCUUUCUCAUCUCCCGCUGGGCAGCCAAGCAUCACAAUGAAGUACAGGGCUCUGAGAUGUUCACCACGGCAAAACGCUCCAUCAAAUCCGGCCUGACAGCAGCAGCCGUUGUUUCGUCUUGGACCAUCGCAUCGACCCUCCUAUCAUCUACCACGUGGUCAUAUAGCUACGGCGUCGCGGGUGCCUACUUCUACGGUGCAGGGGCCCUUACUGUCAUCGCCAUCUUUGUCAUGUCGGCUAUCGAGCUGAAGCGUCGAGCCCCAGCGGCACAUACAUUCUUCGAAGUCAGUCGGGUCCGAUACGGUCGAGGUGGACAUAUUGUUUUCAUGGCGUACUCGACGCUUUACUGCAUCAUCAACUGUGUCAAUAUCUUGAUUGGCGGCUCUGCUGUCUUUAGCGCCAUGACUGGGAUGAGUCAAAUCGCCGCCAUCUUUUUGCUCCCGUGCGGAAUUGUUCUGUUCACUCUCAGUGGUGGCGUGAAAGCGGUCAUCAUCACCGACUACAUGAACACUAUCUUCAUCCAUUGCACAGUUCUAGCUGGCGUCUUUGUGGCGUAUGCAAGACCCGAUUCUGUUCUCGGAAGCCCUGAAAAGGUUUGGGAGCUCCUCAAGGAGGCUGCGAUACGAGCCCCAGUUCCGGGCAACGCUGGCGGAGAGUACUUGACCAUGAGGUCAAAUGAUGCCAUACUGCUCGGUAUCAUCCUCUGGUGCGCCAUCUUCGGCUGCACCAUCGAUGUCCAGCUCUUCCAGAAGUCUAUCACUGCCGAUCCCGCAGCGACUCUGCCGGGUUAUAUCAUUGGCGGUGUCGCCUGGUUCAGCAUCCCCUUCUGUUUGGCCACAACAUUUGGUCUCUCGGCCCGUGCCAUGGAGUUCACUGAACUUCUUCCCCGAGCCAUAACCCCCACAGAAAUUGCACAAGGUCUGACAUUCCCCAUCGCAGCUGGUGCAAUGAUGGGCAAGGCCGGUCUAAUUCUUGUUCUCAUCAUGGUCUUCAUGGCUUGCACUUCUGGAUUCAGUGCAGAUACUGUGUCCAUUGCAUCGGUCUACAUCCAUGAUGUCUAUAAGGGCUACUUUAACAAGAAUGCGUCAGGAAAACAGUUGGUUCAUAUGUCGCAUCUUGCUGUUGCUGUCUGGAGUCUGCUCAUGGCUGUUAUUGCCACAGGCAUCUCAAGAACUGCUAUCGGUGUUAACUACAUCGUCACUUGCAUUGGAAUCUUCUGUGGCUGCGCUGUAUUCCCCUUCUAUGCUACUCUCCUCUGGAAGAAGCAGAGCAAGUUGGCAGUUAUCUGGUCCCCAAUCCUUGGUUCAAUCACUUCCAUUUCAUCCUGGUUGGGCUCUGCGCAUGCUCUCUUUGGCGAGGUGACAAUCUCAUCAAAAAGCCAAGUCAUGCCGCUCUUGAUUGGAAACGUGGUCUCCGUUUUAUCAGGAAUCAUUUUCUCUGUCGCCAUCACCUAUAUUUUCGGCGCUGACCAGUUUGAUUGGUCUCUCUUGCAGACGAACAUCCAUACUUCCAAUGACAUGGACGUCCGAGGAAUGACUGCACGCCAAGUAGAGGAGCAGGCCCAGGCUGAAACGAUUAGUCCUGAAAUGGACGCGCUUCUUAGGAGGGGAACACGUAAGGCCGUCCUUGCCACGAUUAUAUUCUUUAUCAGCAUGAUGGUUCUGUGGCCACUUCCCAUGUUUGGUACUUCCUACAUAUUCUCUAAGGGCUUUUUUAAAGGUUGGGUUGUAAGUGAACAAGAGAUUGCGUAUAGAAAGACACUUGCUAAUGUAUAUCAGGCAAUUACGUUUAUUUGGGCAUGGGGCGCUGCCCUUGUAAUUACUCUUCUACCACUUUGGCAAUCACGAUUAACUGUUUUGCUUUUUGUAAAGACUUGUUUCAGGCUUAAGGUUAUAGCUCAGGAUGAUAUGAGUAUUGACCAAGAAAUUAUAGAACAAGAUAGAAAGUAG